ACAACAGCUGGCAUUGGAAGAAAACACUGCGGCGGUGUCUGCGUGUGUACACACUGCUCACAUGUACACAAGCAGACACGGUGACUGCUGUGCCCGAGAGAGAGAGAAGAGAGUCCAUCCACUCUUUCGCUUGCAUUCAAAAGCCCAUUCAGUGUUUCGCCCCUUUUGAUUUUAAUUGAUAAUCAUAUCCUCUUUUGCAUGGCGACCGUCUACGGGCUGCUGAACCAAUUCACCUUGGGCCACUGGAUUAACGUGACGUCUCUUACUCCCGGUUCCUCUCUUUUCGGUGUUCGCCAGUGAAUCUUCCAUACAGUCUUUUUUUUUCCUUUUGGAAACAAAAAGGAAGUGCACAAGUUGGUCACCACUUCCUGGUGUUCAUGACUGACGCACUUCUGAAAAACAGGAAUACGGGGUAAGACUUUGACCAACUGAAAGACACUUCAUACCGGAUGUUUGACAGCUGAAAAGAAAGCCUACGUGGUAAUCUUAAUGCACCGCUCUUGGGGAAGAGAGAAAGAAAAAAAGGGCUUAUUGAUUCUUAGAUUUCUCUCUGAUAUCGCCGGUCAUUCUGCUGACAGAGGGGUUGAUUAGAGCUGUAUUCUUCUUCAGUGAGGCGGGACUUGGCUAACAAUCGGUAGUAUUUGGCCUUUGUGCUUGCCGGGCGCUUGGUUUAUGGACUUGGCGGGUUGAACUUGAAGCGUGGGAAGGAAGCCUCAAGAAAGGAAACACCACGGCACAGUAAGAAUCUAUUGUGGAUCUAUGAUUGUUAAGUUGUUUUCAUACUCGUUGAUGAUGGCAGCAAGAUGCUGCUGAGUUAACUUCCUGUCGCAGAAGGAAACGGUGCACGCACAUUCCACGAAAGCAUUCUCAUUGCUGGCAAAAUCAGAAUCUAAUCUCAGUGCAAUAAAGCUGGAAAAAACUUCGGCAAUAACUUCCUUUUAAAAUCAGUACCAAUGUCGACAGAGGUGGACGAUUACAACUCUCGUAUGUCCAAGAGACGGCGAGUUGAUGUGGGUGUACCUAGAGGCACUCAUGCCCAUCACUCCAAUAAAAAUAGUGCCAGUGUGACCAACGGCGGAGGCUUUGAGGUAGACAACUCUGACGUGCUGCGGACUUUGCUGAAGAAUAGCAAGAAAGUUCAGAACGGGUCAACAACACCACCUUCUGAGAACUCCAGUAAUUCUCCACUAAUCAUGUCACAGUUGCUGCAAGCCAAGGCAAAGGAGAUUGAAGACUUGGAUACUUCAGUGGGGAGGAAUGAUGAGAACUCAGAGAAUGAAGGGACAGAUUUAUCAUCGGAUGAACUUGAAACAAUGGAUGGGAGUGCCAAUGAUGCAUCGGCAAUCCCUGACAACAACUCAGCCAAGCGGGUAAAGUGUAAUGGAAACAGCAGCAUAAGUACAGGCAGUAUGAGCCCUGGCAACAUGAGCCCUGGUAACUUAAGCCCGGAUGGAGAAGUCAGCCCCAAUCCUCUGAAAGAAGACAGUGUCAAGGCCAAAAGGGCCAGAGUAGAGAACAUCAUCACAUCCAUGCGCCAGUCACCGUCUUGCCCUCAGUCCAGCCAGGGAAGCAGUUUUGCGCUGGAGGUCUCGAGGCCCAAACGCAAGCAGGCCCAGCCUCAACAGCAGAAGAUGUCGGAGGAGGAUAGCAGUGCAGUCAAGCAGGUGCGACGGCAGGAACGGAGGCGCCUGAAGUACUUGCUGAGUCACUUGCAGCAGCAGCUGGAUGUCCUGCAAGAGAAGUACUUUGAUCUCUAUGAAGAGGACAACAGCAGCCUCUCUGAUGCAUCAGAUGACCUAGAUGAUUUGAACGAACCGAUAGAUACCAUGACCGCCAUUCGCAAGUGUGAGAUGACGCAAGCCAAAAGAGCAAGUCAGCCUGUCCACAGGAGAGGCUUAAAUGGAACCAUCCCCAGAGAGAGCCACCAGAAACUGCGCAACUCUCUCAAACAGCAACUGACGAAUGCCAUGUCCACUACUGUAGAUUCAGUCAUCGAUCGAUUCACUGAAGUUGAAGAGCGUCGGGUGGUCAACAACAAUAACAACAACACCAAACCUCGCUCCAGCCACCCAAAAAGCACACUGUCCGAAACGUCCAAUUCAGUACUACAGCAAGCUGCACGGACCGCCUCUCUUAUUGUACCCAUGCCCAACAAGCGAUCCAACCCUUCCCAGAGUCAGCACAGUCAAGCGCCCGUGCAUCAGUCCAACUCACACGAGCAGACUGAGGCCAUGUCAUUGGUUGUUCCAAAGCGUGGCCAUGGUAAAGAGGAGGCAUUGCCCCGCACCAGCCAAGCCGACGAGAUGAAACAGGACCACAUGAUGCCUACCAUGCUUCCAACCUCAGUUGCCAUUCCCAACCCUAGCCUCCAUCCUUCCUUUACCUCAAUAAUGAUGACUCCACCGUCCUUCACAUCAAUGUCAGAGAGCAAGGACGUGCUUCUGGAAGAUUUAAGGUAUGCGCACAGCCCUCAGCUGGGUCACCACCAUCAUCACUCUCAGCAGUCCUCCAUGAUGAACCAUGGCAGCGAUGCUGGUGAUCACCCUAUCAAUGACAGCCUGUCCUAUCCCUUCAUCAAGUCAGAUGAUAAUGACUCCUUGAUAAGGGGUUCCCCUGGCUUGUCUGAUCUCUCAGGCUACUCUGCAGCAAAUGGGACCUCCCUGACAUCCACGCUGACACCCACUCACCUGCGUAAGGCUAAGCUGAUGUUCUUCUAUGUCAGAUACCCAAGUUCUGCUCUCCUGCGUCAGUACUUCCCAGAUGUCAAGUUCAACAGGCACAACACCUCUCAGAUGAUCAAGUGGUUCAGCAACUUCCGGGAGUUUUACUACAUCCAGAUGGAGAAGUUUGCUCGUCAGGCGAUCAGCGAUGGCGUUGAGAAGAGCGAAGACCUGCUGGUGAUUCGAGACAUGGAACUCUUCAGAUCGCUCAACAUGCACUACAAUAAGAGCAAUGAGUUUAAGGUGCCAGAAUCCUUCAUGGAGGUGGCUACCACCACUCUGCGGGAGUUCUUUGAGGCCAUCCGACUGGGCAAGGACACAGAACCCUCUUGGAAGAAGACGAUCUACAAGGUCAUCGGCAAGCUCGACGAGCCCUUGCCAGAUUUCUUCAAGUCUGCCAACUGCCUAGAGGAGAUGGACUGAUGGGAUGCGGGUCAAAGGGUAAUGGUCAGAUAAAGCCCCUCCCCCAUUCUAAUUGAGUUGACAGUGUCGUUUUAUGGUAUGCGUGCAGGAAGCUUUUUUUUUUCCAGGUGGUACUGAGAUUGUUUUCAUUUUUCCUUUGUGGCAAGGGCUGGAACUUUAACUCGGUUGCUAGCAUUUCUGUCAGCAUACAUGUAAUCUCUGUCUUUCUUCCUGAAUACAAGCCUUACAAUGACAAGUGAAAGAUGCCAAAGGCAAGACAAAGUGGAUCAUGGAAAAUCACUGAGAAGAUUGUUCUGAUGUGAUGACCUAUGCCACCUGUUAGUAAUCUUCUGAUGUGGCCUGAUCGAAAGCAAUAUACAUGUAAAUGUGCCUCCAGUCCGAACAAACUUGAAAAUGCAAUGGCUUUGCCUCUGAAUGUGAUUUUUUUUGCAGGUGCCGGUACUCUGCACAUCUUGUGUGCUUGCCAUUAUGACUUCAUUUUCCAUCAGUCACAAAUAUCGAUAUUUCUUGGUGAUAACAUGUACAUGUACAUUGCAGGCUAUUCAGUUGUCUGUUUGUGAAAACCCGAAUGCAAAUAUUUCGGUGAGGAAUUGUGCCGUCACUAUACAACUCCAUAAAAAGUAUAGGCUUUGGAAUAUUCCAAGUGAAACAACUCAAAAAAGUUCUAAUCAAGUACUUUUUUAUGUAAGCUGCAUGCAUCUCAAGAGUUUGAUAAUUAAUUAAAAGAAGUUAUAAAGCAUAUUUAUGAAAACAUAUUUGAGGAAUAAUGAUUGCCAUUAUGUAUUUAUGAUUGAGAAGAAUGUAUGUUUAUCAUUAAAAACAAACAAAAUUUGCCAGUCGAUUUGAAAUACUUUACUCUUCUAACAGAACUACAUAUGUGCCUCUUUGAUCUUUGUAAUUGAAACUUUUAAAGGAAUUUUUUUGGGGGCUGGUACAGUGUGAUGAUUAUGUGUGUGGAUUAAUGUAUGAAGAAAUAUAUGAAGAAAUAUAUACUCCUCAUCAUUCCAGUCCGUGGAAAGUUUAAUUGCCUCAUCCUGAUGGCUUGGCUAUUGUCAUGUCGUGUGAGAACCAAAGCAGAUGAUUGGUAACAGGUGGUAUUCUCUCAAGGAAUACCCUAGAAGUGUGGGCCCACAGUCUAGCAGCCAAAAUUCAGUUGGGGAAGAGAUGUCAGUGAGAAUCUUUUUUUGGGGGGGGUGGAGUAAUCAAACGAUAUGAUUUUGUUCAUUUGCUGAUUGUUUUCUAGGUUUGCAGCAAGAGUGCAAUUUUUUUUCCAUGGACUCCGACAAGCAUGCAAAAUCUUUUAUCUUUUUUUGGUCUGUGAUUGUUCUUUCAAUUUAGAGGGACCUACUUUGUGAGAUACUUUAUUUUUUAUUAAAAAAAAAGCACCUCGUGUAUGUCACAAACUGUGUGUACAUGUAUACCAUGAAUAGGAAUGAACAACUUGCGAUAUGACCACCUGUCACUGCACAGCCUGGUGAAAUGUCCUCUCCUUGCUCCUCCCCCUCCUUUUUUUAAAAGAAAAAAAGUACUAACAAAUGAGGGCUUUCUGUUUGAAUAACUGGAUCCGGCAUAAAUUGAGGGGAUGGGGAUGGACAGGGUUGUUGAUCCUUCAUGACAAUUAUUCACUCUGCUCCUUUGCGGGCUCCUUCCGUUCCUCGGCUGUCUGUCUUGGCCCGUGUGCUCGACUUGUCAGGACCGAUGAGCAGUGCACGAGAUCACAGUUAAUAUUCAAGAUGGCGUCACCUCUCAUUACCCUUGCUAAGAGCUGGGUGAGGACAGGAAAUAUCCAUUGCAGCUGUCAAACUAAAUUCCGAUUGCAUGUAUUAGUGUUCUAAACAUAUAUAUCUAUAAAAUCUUUCUUAGCUGCGGAGAUCAAGGAGGAGAUAGGACUUUGACAGUGCUACUGUGCACUGCAGGGAAAAGUUGGUGCAUGGUUAACUUCUACUCUGGGUGACCUUGUUUUUUAUAUCACAGACCUAUUUUAAAGGGUAAUUCAAACAUGAAUGCAACAUUGUGAUGUCAGAUCAAGUAUUGGUUCAUGCUGCGAAUUUGCAAAGAUUGAGCACAUUUCAGUGCAAGUGGAGUUUUCUACAAAUGUUUUGUGAAGUCAAAUUUGCUUUGCUUUUGCAUUCACAUAUGAAAUGGCCUUAAGUAAUCAGAUAUUAUGUCAUAAUUCUGCGCUCUGCCCACUUCUGAACCUACUGACACGUUUUAAUUGGUUUGAAAGGUACUAGCAUGUAUGCAGGAGAACCAGAGGCAAUUCUAUUUGAAAUGGAACAGUGACAGUAAAUAUUUGGAAAUGAAUGGAAUCAAAGAAAAGUUUCUGCUUCAUUUUUCUGGUUCAAUAGGAAAGAAAGGUGUGUUUCCAAUUUUUUUGUCUAACCUUUUUCAUGUUUCUUGAAUUUGUAGAAAUGUUUUGUCUUCUUCAAAAUGUAAGAGUACUAUAUUUACAUGUGUGUUCUGAGUUCAUUGUCACAGAGUGAAGAAAUUAUGACCAGCUGAUUUAUUCUCCAUUGUGCAGGACUUGACAGUACCUCUUAAACAUCUUGUGUGAGCUGUACUGGUACUUUGGCAACCAACAUUAAUUUGUUUCGUAACCCCCCAAAUGGAUUCAAACUGAUGGGCGAGAAACUGAAAAUUUGUCAAAUCAGGCUUUCAGUACGGCAGAGGGACAUUUAGGCCAAUUGAUAUCUGCACUUUAAAAAUGUCUAUCAAUCUUAAAGAGAAAAAUUGUGACUGAUGAUAGCAGUGCCUCAUCUUGUCUCAGUGCCCUACCCAGCUCUUUUGCAUGGGGAAAUAUUACUCAUUUGAACAGAGCACACAAUCUGCACCAUAUUUCAAUACCAACUGUGCCUUUUUUUCAAGACAAUACAGUUUUUGUCCAGUUAUGAAUCUGGUCAUGUUUGAUUUUUUAAGGAGACAAUUUACCAGUUUAAGAAAUUGUACAGCAGUUUUAAAAAUAAUAACAAAAAAUAAUAAAAACAAAUGUUAAUGCUUUGUUGUCAUCCAAAUCUAAAUGUUUUACUGUGGUACUGGGUGGGUUUGUAUUUUUUAUGGUAAGGGAUUAUCUUUUUUCCCAUAUAGCCUGUAAUAUACAUUUUGUAGUUUGAAUACAGUAGAUUUGUAGUGGACAAAAGUUAUAUAUUUAUUGAAAAUGUUUACAACAUGAAAAGUUGUCGACUUGGUUGAAGCAGUUUGUGCCUUUCCCCACUGUGGCCUAUGAUGGUAAUUAGUGCUUGUUUUGAGCAGUACAAAUUCUGAAUACUUUUUAAAGAUUUUUUUUCUUUCUCUGUAAAGGAAAGUAAAGAACAAAACUGAUUUGUUGAAAAUGUAAAAUUUCAACAGUACUUUGGGACAACUCAAGUCAUAUUAAGAUAAAAUGAUUUCAGAGUAAACAGAUGUUAUUUUUCCUAGUUAAUUGAAUGUGUUUUGUGACAAGAUAGAAAUUGAUACCUCUCUACUAAUUGAGUGUGAAGCUCAAAUGGCACACAUUAAUUUGCUCCAUUCCUAAUUUGUUAUUUACCUAAAGCAAUACCUGUAAAUGUGUAAAUAUCAGUUAUCCACUUCUUGGAACUCAUCCAUUCCUUAAUCUCUCAAGUUACUCAAAUUCAGAGAAAAGAAUCCAAGCAGUUUGCCAGUGGGCAAACCAGUGGAUGGUUUGAUGAACAGGUGAAAUGGUUUGCCCCAAAAAUAGCAAUGCAGUACUUUGUAAGACCUAAGCUAGCCUUUGUUAAAAAAGAAGUGGAGCAAAUGUUAAAAUUUGUGUGGAAUAUUGUGAAUGAUGGUCAUUGGUAAUUUUUUUUAUUAGAGUUUCCUUGAAAGGGACGUGUAUUUUUUUCUAUUGAAUUGAUUAAUGUUGCCUGUCAUGGUCGAUUAUCUGUGCACAGUGAGAAUCUUCAGUCGUGCUUCUUGAUGAGAAUGCCAAACAAUACCAACUGUUUCAUACCAGAUAGAUGACCACUCAUCGUACCAAAAAAAAAAGGAUAAAACAGAAAAUCCUCUCCAUUGCCUUGUAUUUCUUCAGCAGUUAUGUCAAAACUUUUUCUUGCCUUCUGGAUGUUUCUUGCCCAGCCAUUUACUCAAACAUCUUCAUCUUGCUUGGCCACUUCAUGUUUUUGUCCUCUGAAUCAACUCAGCUGUUUGUCUUAAGGCUUGAAGUUUGAAGUUGAGUCCAACAAUAAAUUGCAGAUUUGUAGUCUGGUCUCGCUUCAGUCACUUUGCAACAAUUUAAUAUUACUUACUUUAAUUCAUUUCAAGCGUUAUGGCCCUGAGUCAUUGCAUAGGCAAGGUUAUUACAUGUAUGUGCCCAGCUAGCUAGGUACCUGGAUUAUGUGUGGCCAGGCCGUCUACUCUAAUAUCAGAAUUAUUGGCAAACAUUUAUGCAUUCUGUCAAGUGCUCGUCUGGCUCUCUCUCGUGACAGUAAUCAGCCGAAUGGUUUACAGUGCCUUCAAUAGGAAAGCAUUCUUAUCUCAAAUGAGAGAUGGAAAAGAAAAAUUGACGGGACUCAUGCCAAGUUGCAAGGUUCUUGCCUGGUCGUGUGAUUGAAGAGUGUCAUUUUCGUGAUCUUGUGGCCAGUGCUUUGUCUCUGAGCUUGCUUGAUUCCGUGGGUAUUUUGCGACAUUCCAUAGACUGGUAGCAAAUUAGACAUUUUAUUGUACAAAAAAUUUGGUAAUCAGAUGAGUGCCUAGGAAUUUAUACAAAAUAAUGGAGAAAGGGCUAUUCCAAGUAAAUAAUUUGAUAUUUGAGCUUUCAGUUUGUGUCUCUUGAAAUAGACAAGGCUCAGUGCAGUACAGUUUUUUCUUAAUAUUGAUAAACAUGUUUGGAAUUUGCCUUUCAAAUUGGAAAUACUGCAUUUUGCAACAAAUUUAAUAUCUUUAACUGGUUGUGUGAUGAUGAUGAUGAUGGGGUUUUGUCUGGGGCCUUAGGAUUGUUGAUGAAACAUGUCUUUAUUUUCUUGAAAUUUGAUUUUGUUUAAACCUCACUUAAUUAUUAUAAUCAUUAUGAUACAACACUACACCAUUUUAUUUACUUCUGAAUGAAACCUCAUCGGCAAGUCAUCACUAGACAAUUUUGUUUCUGCUGCAAGACCUCCAAAACUCAACAGGAAGCUAAAGUUUUUGUUAAUGUUUAUCUGAUUUCUGUUCAAUUAUCAUCGACAAGAUUCUGAUACUGAAUAGGAAGCAUUCUGUCUUUCUUGCUGACACCUUCUUCACUCAAACACAAGUAUUCUUGGUGAUUAGAGCAUUUUUUUUCCAAGUGAUUGUCCUGUUUGCAUGCAAUAUUUCUUACUCUAGACAUUGAAACAAUUCUAAUAUGGAGGAUUUGCGGUUAAUACUUGUUUGUAUGAGAUCGACCUAUUCAGAAGGGGAAAAAUCCACAAGAACUCUGCAUUCCAUUGUAUAUUAAUCACAGUAUGAAACUACUUUCUUCUUUCUACAUGUUAUUUCAGUGCAUUUCUGAGUAAUUUCGUUUGUGAGUCUGUUUGUUCUGGCAGUGCCUUGACAAAUCUCAUAAGUCUCACUGUGUACUUAUUUUCAUUUGAUUGUUUUAAGUUGGAGUUUUUGUGUGUGUAUAUAUUUAGUCAGUGAGUUUGAUUUCUGUCUUUCAGUUUCUCCAAUCUCUACAAUAUCUUAAUGAUACACCUGCUAUGUAUGCCAAUCUCUGUAAAUUUGGGUUCAUUUGAAAAAGUUUAUUCAAAAGUGAUCAAUUCCAGAAUUUCUCAAGUUUUGAGAUUUAAAUUCUUAUGCAUCUGCUGCAUAUACUGUAGAUUUUAGUGUCUUACAAAAGGCAACUCAUUAAUUUGAGGUAUUAUUGGCAAUUUUUUUACAUCAGGUAAAGUGGUAGAUAUGCUGUAAUGUUCUCUUGCUUUUGACUUGUUUUUAUGCUGUAGUUUUAACUGAAUUUUACAAUUACAAGUUAUUGAAAUGAAUUAGGCUAGAAAUGGACAGCUUCUUAUGUUUUUGUUCCAAAUAUUUAACUUCAAAGAAGUUGGUUAAUUUGGGAAUUUUGGGUUAGAUACGACAUUUUGACAAUCCUUUUAUUGAAUAAAUCAGUUACUGGUUUUCUGGA